CUAGAUUCGAUGGUGAAAGGACCACUUUUUAAAAGUAUCAUUCGUAAAACAUAGUAAAUAUGGUAAACCGCUACAAAUUUAUCCACGAUACUGCAGUUGAAUUCUUCAAUGCUACCACCGUGGAAAAUGCGGAUAUUAUCAAAGAUUUCCUGGAGAACGACGACGUUACCGUACUGGCGGCUGUGUACUGUGACGAUGAAAUAAUCUUCCAGAAUGCCGUCCCCGUUGAGGAACAGUACUGUCUGCUGUUCUAUAAAAUCCCCAACAUAGACCACCACAAACACAGCGAGCAGCCCAAAAUUGGAAUGCUCACCCUCGAGGGUGGAUUGGCGAAAUCAAUCUACAACUCACUGCAGCGCGUAUUUUCCCCAUAUAUCCUCAAGCAAUCCGAAUAUUCCGUCGAAGUCAAGCUAAUUCUUCAGAACCUACACUCGAACCUCGGUCUGUCGCUAGGCUUGACCGAAUCUGGAAUUCUGUCAAUCCAGGAUGAGAUUGCAUUCUGGACACAGAAAACAAAAACCCUGCCGACGAAGGCGGAUAGAGAGGCGGCCAAGUCUUUUGCGGCUAUUCUGGAGAAACUCGAUUCCCGUUUAAAGAAUAACGCCCACGGGAACCUCAGCCAGCUGGACGACUUCAUCGAUGUUUGUCAGUCCCAUCUGGAUGAGAUAUGGCGCUUGCCGAGUCACUACCCUCAAAAUCGCAUGUGCAGCAUUUUCGACAUCAUUUCUACGCACGUCGUCAACACGUGCACCGAGCGACUGUCCGAGUUGGACAUUUGGGACAUUGGGUCUGUCUACCUGGACGAGGCCGUCAAUCACGUGAAGGAAUCGCUCGAGUGCUGGUAUCAAACGUAUGAUAGUUUGACGAGGCUCUUCUGGCCAAACUAUGAACUGCACGUCUGGAUAGGGCCACCGUACACAUCCAAGCAGGUGGACAAAUUUCGUACUCGCUUCGCGGAGAUCAUGGAUGUUAAAAAUGCCAAGGAUAUCCUGUAUGCACUAUUCUUCGACAGAGAAGAAUACUUUCUAGAUACAAGUGAAAUCGCCGAUCCUUUCAGAGAAAUCAAUAUCUACGACUUGACACCGCUGGGCAACAAACGCUGGGAGGUCGCAAAAGCUCGCAUGGAAACAUCGCUGGCCAAGGUCGACGAAAACAUUGUCAGCAUUCUGAAGGAACAAAUUUACGAGAGCAUCGGAAACGCCCGACAGGCGAUCUUCGUAUUCAACCGAUACAAGGACAUCUUCAAUCGACCCUCGAUCCUCCAAGCCUUGGCCGCCGAACGGGAACAGCUUUUUCAAAACAUCCCGACAAUUCUGCGUGAACUGCGAGAGGUGCUAACGAGUGCAAACCAUACCGACGAAGAGGUCACUCCGAUCGUUUCGGAAACUCGCUGGUACCGGGUGGUAGCGGAAGUGAUUGGACAGCUGGAAGCGGUCGCUGCCAAGAUUCUUACCGAUCGAGAAGGGUUCGACGGGAUGCUGAAAAAGAUUACCAGCUUUAGCGAGGAAAUUCAGGCGAUGAUUCGGGCCAAUUUUGAAACUUGGACCGAAAACUCGCUCAGUGCGAUCCGGGAUGGAGCGUUGAGUUUGCGUGAGAGCCAACCGGUGGUGGUCUUCGAAAAAUCCGAGCGCCAACUCAUGAUCGUCACGUUUGGGCCAAAAAUAGUUACAUUCUGCGAUGAGGCCCGGCAUCUUCAGAACCUCGGCCUAAAUCUAGAUCCGGAGAUACAGAAAAGUGUUAACCACUCGAUGAAGUUCAUUUCCUACGCCCGUAGACUGCAGCAAAUAGCUGGAUUUCACAACACAAUCGGCGACAGGAUGAUACCGUGUCAACGUCCCAUCAUGCUGAAGAAUGCGAUGGAAUUCUCGAGGCUUGUGAAGAGCGAGUCCGUGUCCUGGAACGACGAAGACUCCGUUGAACGGUACAUUCAGAACUUGCAGGAUGCCAUCAAGCGAUUGGCCACGGAUAACAAUCUGCUGACUGGUUAUCAUGAGCAAGCCAAGAAAUAUAUUCUCAAACUCAUGGAAACGGAUUUGGUUCGACAAAGUGCGGUGUGGAAGGAAGAGAUGCGUAAUCUUCGGGAGAUUAUCUUCAAUCUGGAGAAAAAGGGUUAUACCAAUUUGAACCCAUUCAAACUGCAUUGGGACCAUCAGUUGUAUAAGGUUCUCGAGUUUCAAUAUGUUUGUGGCUUGUUGGAUGUUCAUCAGAAACUUCCAGAUAUUCACGUAGACCUUGUGUUUCGUCAGCAGCAAAUUCAGUUUCGCCCUGCUUUGGAAGAGAUCAAGUGUAAGUACUACUCCCAGUUACGUCGGUUCAUAGAAAAACCAUUGGGCUUCAAGGGUCUGUCCGAGCAGAGCGCAACCAUUUUCAAGGUAAUGAUCGAACGGAAUGCACAGCAUUUUUCCGUUCUUUACGAGAAGGCAGAUAUUGUGCUUCGGGAACUGUUAGAAUUCCGCGACAGUUGGUUACCAUGGGUAGCUCUCGGUAUAGUUGAUAUGGAGCAAAUGUGCACAGUUCAUUGUACCACGUGGCAGCAUUGGGACAACAAUUUCCGAGCAUGCAAGAAAUUUAGCCAGCAUGUAGCGCGAAUUCAGCAAUCGGAGAAAGAGAUUGACUGUUUCGUAGUGAACUAUGCGCCCCUCUGCUCCGAUAUCGAUGCCAUCAGCAGACGGUACUGGGACACGCUGGCGAACAGCUUGCGCACGUCCAUCCUGGAUAACAUAUCGGUGCUGCAGGAGUAUCUCGCGUACUCCUUCCAAGUGCUCCAGAAUAUUCCCCAAGAUGAGUGGGGAAUCUCAGAGUCCAGUGCAAAGUACGAAAAGAUUGUCAGCGAGCUGCCAAAGAUGACCGAGAUGGUUAAAUCACUGCAGGGCAAAGACGGCUGUCUGGCAGGGUGGUGCAAGGAACGCGUUUCCGCGCUUGGUGGCAUUUUGACCCAGUGGAAUCAGCUGCAGCCGUUGAUCGAGAACCACCAGUCACUACUGCAGGGUCGGUUGGAUAUAAUCAAGGAAAACAUCUUGCGGCAGAUCAACGAGCUGAAUAACGAGGCGGAAAAGUUUGCCAUUCGAUGGGAAUCGACUGUGCGGGAUCUUGAGACAAAUGAAAAUGCCGAUAUGACAUUGUUCCGCGAGCGCCAAGGACAAUGGAAUGAGAUAAUCGACAAGCGUAACAAGCUAAGGAAGCAAACUGAAAAGUUCAAUAUUAAAAUUCCGGACGAUUUUAACGCAACUUUUGAGAAACUUGAACAGGAAAUUGUCGAGCAAGGAAAGAAUUGGGAGAUCUUCAACAACUUUCUUCAAGAUUACGACACAAUAGCAUCGGAAGAAUGGUCUAUCUACCGGCGAAGACCUCAUAUUCUAACAGAGUUUCUUGCCAAAUGGGAGAAAACCCAAACGCAGCCGGCGAGCGUUGCGAGUUCCCGUAUUGUCUCGAACGUUGAACGCUACAAGGCAUCGCUACCGCUACUCAACUCACUUCAAUCGGAUGCACUCAUCGAGAAGUACUGGGCCAAAUUGUGCCAACUGCUAGGCAUCGACUCGAAGUCCCAGCAUGAUCUCUGUCUGGGAGAUGUACUUGCCGUUUCGGAAAGCCUCCACCAACAAGCCGCCGAAAUCCAAUCCAUCGUGAAGCAAGCUGGUUCCGAGCAUGUCAUUCGUCAAGCCAUCGUUGAGCUUGAACAGUGGAGUGCAACGGCGAUGCUGAAGUUGAUCCAGCAUACCGAUUCCAAAGGCUCCACGAUGGCGCUGAUCAAGGAUUACACCGAAACCCUGAACAAGAUCGGAGACAACCAGUUCCUGUUACAGACGGCGAAGAAUUCGGUUUCCUUCGAAUCAUUCACAGAUCAAGCGGAUAUUUGGGAGGAGAAGCUGAACAACCUUGACUACAUAAUAACCCAUCUGAACCAGAUCCAGAAAAAGUGGAUCUAUUUGGAACCGAUUUUUGGUGUGGGGACGCUCAAGCGGGAGGAAGCCGCUUUCAAGAGCAUCGAUAAAAACUUUCGAUACAUUAUGAAGAAGAUCGCAGACGAUCCACGGGUGGUGUCCGUGAACAAGAUCAACAAUGUACUGUCGAUCAUUGAAACCCUCCAGGGGCAGAUAUCGCGCUGUCAAAACGCGUUGAGCUCGUAUAUAACAACCAAGCGAAAUGCGUUUUCGCGUUUCUACUUCCUCUCGGAUGAUGAUCUGUUGGAAAUAUUGGGACAAUCAUCGAAGGAGGCCAUAAUUCAGAAACACAUUCGUAAGCUAUUUCCGGGAAUUUACAAGCUAGUGAUCGAGGAGAGUAAAUCGCUAAUCGUAGCAUUCUGCAGUGAAGAAGGCGACGAACUGCGACUAACGAAUCCAAUCACAAUAACUCCGAUGGUCGAGGAAUGGUUGAACACACUGGUGUUGGAGAUCAAAUCAACGCUGAAACAUCUAAUCAAAAAGUGUUUGGAAAGGGACUCUUUCGACGAGGCCACUGUCCGGGAGUUUCCAAUGCAAGUGAUCUGUUUGGUGAAUUCCAUCAACUUCACACGCAGACUGGAGAAGGCUAUCUCUGGAAUGCAGCUAAGCGAUUUCAACCAUCAGGUACAGAAGGAGAUCACCAAGUAUUCAACACUCCUACACAAAAGUACCGAUCAUCUGACACAACUUAAGCUGCGUUCGUUACUCAUAGAUCUAGUCUAUCAAUCAACCACCGUCGAUUACUUGAGCAACCAUAACGUUACAAACCUGCAGGAUUGGUACUGGCUUCAGCAGCUCAAGUUCUACCUCGAUCGCAAAGGGAUCGUCAUCAUUAAAAUGGUUUACGCGGAGUUCGAAUAUUCUUACGAAUUCCUCGGAAACUACAACAAGCUGGUCUACACCUCACUGGCUCACAAUUGCUACCUAAUCCUAACCCAGGCCAUGCAAUUGGGUCUUGGGGGCAAUCCGUUCGGACCCGCCGGGACUGGCAAAACUGAGUGCGUUAAAUCCCUGGGAGCCAUGCUUGGGCGGCUCGUACUGGUGUUCAACUGUGACGAAAACAUCGACGCAGCCGCAAUGGCGUUAAUUCUCUCCGGUCUGGCACGCUGCGGAGCGUGGGGAUGUUUCGACGAGUUCAACCGGCUGCAGAAAUCCACCCUAUCGGCCAUUUCUGCGUUGAUUCAACCGUUGCAGAUCGCUUUGAAGGACAAAAAGCAAGAGGUCAUGCUGAACAACGAAACCGUUCCACUUAACCACCACUGCGGUGUGUUCGUCACACUCAAUCCCGCCGGCGAAGAGUACGGUGGUCGUCAACAGCUUCCUCUGAACCUGCAGGCUCUCUUCCGACCGAUUGCGAUGCAGGCUCCACGGCCACAGCAAAUCGCCAGGGUAACGCUUUUCGUGGAGGGCUUCAAACACGCGGAACGAAUUGGCAGUCAGAUUGUGGAACUUUUUGAGCUAUCCAAAAAGAUUCUCUCGAAGCAGCGUCACUACGAUUGGGGCUUGCGGGAACUAAAAGCCAUUUUGUCAGCCUGUGGCUCAGCGUUGAAGGUUUUCAGUGGGGAACUAAACUAUGAACAGGAAGCAGGGUUGGCUGUCAACGUUAUCAGAUCCAGUACAAUGUCCCGGUUAACUUUGUCCGACUGCAAACGAUUCGAUAUACUGCUGACCAACGUAUUUGCGAACAUUGCCAUCGCCAGCAAUCAGAACGAAGAGUUGAAGACAAAAAUCAUAGAUAGCUUCUCAAUUCUUGGAUAUCAAGUCAACAACGGCCAGGUGGAAAAAUGUCUAGAAUUGGCCGCACAGCUCCAAAAGCGAAUGGGUGUGGUGGUAAUCGGACCUCCUCGUUCCGGCAAAUCGACUAUAAUCUCAAUCUUGAAAGAAGCUCUCGUAUCACAAGGAAGGACAAUCCGAGCCCAUAUAAUCUCUCCAAAAUCUAUGAAUCGUGUUCAGCUGCUCGGAAAGCUAGACCCCGAUACCCGCCAGUGGACGGACGGAGUGCUAACCUCGACGGCCGUUGCCGUUAACACGGAACCCCGCACGGUCACCUCUUGGAUUAUAUGCGACGGGGACGUGGAUCCCGAAUGGAUCGAGGCGCUGAACUCCGUACUAGACGACAACCGACUGCUCACACUUCCCUCCGGCUGGAGGAUACAGUUCGGUACGAACGUAAACUUCAUUUUCGAAACCCACGAUCUAUCGACCGCUUCACCGGCAACCAUCUCCCGAAUGGGUAUCAUCAAUCUGAAUGCGGAAGACUUACCCUACCAGCUGGUUGUGGAUGCAUGGCUCACGAAACAAUCGGCGUCCGAUGCGAUGAAAUCGUUUUUGGAACAGCACUAUCACAGAGCCCUCGAUUGGAUCGAAGAAAAUAAACUCCGACCAGCAGGAUAUUCUCUGGCAAGUCUGGCGGAGUCCGGAUUGGUAGCCUUGGAGCAUGCCCAAUCCAGUGAACAAUUCUGUGCGCAUCUGCUAUGUGGGUUAAAUGGGAUACUCGGUGCGAAUGACAAAAAUCGGCUAUCCAAUCAAGUCUAUUCGUGGGCAGACAUAGCGGUAACCGACAACUCUUCGGCAGAGUACCACUACCACAACAGUUUCCGCGAUUUGAUUGAACUAUAUAAUACCGAUGAAAUAACCGGAUCUUAUAUAGUCGAGAACGUCUAUUCGAAUGUGCUGGUGAGGACACCUCUCAUGAAGCUCAGUGGUGAGCUACUGAAGCGGAUCAUCAGUUCUAAGGAACGUAAAGUAGCACUUUUGGCGGGGCCCAGCGGCAAUGGGAAAAGCCUUCUACUACAGACAGUCGUCAGCGAAUUCAACGGGUUCCAGCUGGUAACCAUCAACUGCAGCGCACAGCUUACGACAUCUAGUAUUCUGAACACGUUGCGGCAGAACUCGAUAGUCCUUACGACGGUAAAGGGUAAAGAGUAUCGUCCAAAGUUCUCCCGAAUCAUCUGCUAUUUCAAAAACAUUGACCUGUGCUCAAUCGACGGGUGGGGCACCUGCGAAGUCGUUGAACUGCUGCUACAAAUCAUCAACCGCAACGGUUUCUACUCGGAAGCUCUGGAGUGGAUCAGCGUCUCCGGACUGCAAAUUUGCGCCUCCCUGUCUAACCUGGCUAAAGCUCACAUUUCACCCCGUUUUCUGUCCAUUUGUCAUCUGGUGCGGAUGGGAUACCCCAGCGACACCGACCUGGAGAGCAUCAUAAAAAGCAUGAUUCUACCGAUCUACAACCAGCUCGGGAAGAGCACCAUCAAGCUAAAUCUCAACGAUCUGGUCCGAGCGGUCAUGAGUGUUUAUACCGAGAUCCAAGCUCGCUUCAACCGCGGCGAGGUUCUGCACUAUCGAUUCACACCCAAGAUGAUCGAACGGUGGAUCAGUGGUGUUCUGUACUACCCCGAGGAGAACUUCGGCCAAGCGCUGAGAUUCGAGUGCAACCGAAUCUUCCGAGAUCGUUUGGUGACGGAAGAGGACCGACAGCUCUUCGACGAGAUUUUGCGGGACAACUUCCGAAUGCUGCUGGAUAUGGACCAGAAUGCGGUCUUCGUUCCCAACCAGACUCAGAAGGAUGCUGGGUUGCAGAUGGUGGAUAGGGAGUUUCUGAGAGAAUCGGUCGAUCAAAUAGUUUCGAUGUGCAAUUCCGAAGUGAUCAACAUCGACAUUCCAAUGUCGGAAACCUUCCUCGACACGGUUUCCUCGAUUGUGCGAGCUCUGUCUAUGCCCCAGACAAAUCUAGUUCUUUGCGGAAGAAUCGGUUCCUGUCGUUUGGAAGCUCUAUACAUCGCUACCUCUAUGCUGAAGAUGAAGGUUGGCUUCCCCCAGACUUCUAAAGGCUUUUCUCUGGCUGAUUUCAACAACGACUUGAAGAUCGUCAUGCAAAAUUGCGCUCUGGAGAACGAACGGACCGCGUUCUACAUCGACCAUUCGCUGAUCGAGUACAUGGAAGAUAUCAUGCGAACUUGCGAAGCAAUUUUAGAAGGCGCAGAUCUGACCGACUUCUUCGGAGACGAUCUGGAAAAUUUGGCAAACCCUCUGAAGGCGCACGCAGCACUCGAAUCAUUCCAAAUGUCCCUUUCGGCCUACUUUCUACAGCGUUUGAAGAACAACUUUCAUCUGGUGAUUCUGUUGGAGCAAUCAUCAUCGAAAAUACGCGAUCUCUUCGAAAACUACUCCGCCCUUUAUCAGAAAUCGGAGAUGGUGUGGAUUCUGGCCGACAAAAUCAUUCCCUCCAGUUGUCUCGUGAAAUAUCUCGCGAAUAUUGGUACUGAAGGUGCUUCAGCAGCUAAAGUCGUACCUCUACCGACGUUCUUCAACGAUCUGCUCGAUGCCGAUCUCACCGAGUGGUCCCGUUCACCGAAGCGUAGAACCCAAGCAGUUCGCUGCUACCGACACAUCUACGACAAUGAGAAAUCCAAGAAGGAACAGCACAAAUCAAAGAUACAGAUUGGCGUUGACAAGCUCUCGGAAACUCAUAAGGUCGUCGAGAAUUUGAAACGAGAAGCACAGGACAAACAGAGCGCGUUGGCGGAUAAACGCAAACUGGCCAACCAAUCCCUGGAGAUGAUUUCUUCAACCAUGAGAAGCGCAAACGAUCAGAAAACCGAACUACUCGAAUUACAGCGAGAAACGCAGGAAGCGAGCGUCAAGCUGAUGGAACGAAAGAAAGCCAUCGAGGAGGAGCUCAGCCAGGUGGAACCCAUUCUGAAGGAAGCCAGUGCCGCAGUGGGCCAAAUCAAAACGGAAGCCUUGUCGGAGAUUCGCUCCCUGAGGGCUCCCCCUGAAGCGGUGAGAGAUAUCCUCGAAGGUGUUCUCCGACUGAUGGGAAUCCGUGAUACUUCGUGGAACAGCAUGAAGACGUUCUUGGCUAAGCGGGGUGUGAAGGAGGACAUCCGUUCUCUGGAUCCGGUAAGAAUUAGCCCGGAGAACUGUGCGGCGGUUGAGAAAUUGCUGCAAUCCAAAGCGGACUCGUACGAUCAGAAGAACGCGAAACGGGCAUCGGCUGCAGCCGCACCUCUAGCAGCUUGGGUUAUCGCGAAUGUUAAGUACUCGAGGGUCAUCCAAAGUAUCAAGCCGCUGGAAAGGGAACAAAAUGAGCUACGGGAGAACUUGGAAAAAUCUGAAACUGAAAUGAAGUCUCUGUCGAGCGGGUUAGACAACGUCAACGAUAAGGUGAAAGGGUUAUCCGAACAGCUCAAUGUUUAUACCCAGGAGGCGGCCAUGUUGGAAAUCAAACUAGAGGACGCCAAACAAACUCUUCAUUCGGCAGAGCUUCUCGUCCAAAACCUGAGCUCAGAAUACAUCAGCUGGAGUGAGGAACUUGGGCAGCUAAACCAAACGAUAAACAACAUGGAUAAACGGAGUUUCCUAACGGCUUUAUGUAUAACUCAUCUGUCACAUCUGACUUUUGAAAAACGGAAACAUAAGCUUUCUGAAAUAUCGGAACACAUCCGGGAGCAGUUUUUCGACUUGGAUGAGCUAGUGUCCAACCAGGAUAUGAUUAUCUGGGAGAGUAUGGGACUAACAGCCGACCAGCAGUACCGAGAGAACGCCAUCAUGCUGAAUUUGUUCCUAUCGCUGCCCUAUGGAACCACGCCUAUCCCAUUGCUCAUCGAUCCCACUGAGUUGGGUCAGAAGUGGCUAAUAAACUAUCUGAAUCAUCUGAACCGUACACUAGAAUUAACAAGUCAAUCAGCCGAUCGGUUCAGCUACAUUCUGGAAUUGGCAGUCCGUUUCGGUAAAAUACUCGUUGUUCGUAACGUCGCCGCAAUAGAACCCCCUCUGCUGUCACUUUUCUUCACUCGCAUUCACAGCCGAUUCAACAAACGAAUGGUGCAGAUCGGGAAUAAGUUGAUCGACUUGCAUGACGACUUCAAGCUUAUUCUGGUAACUCAAAACGAGAACCUCCAGUUUGGAGCUGAAUUACAGGCCCACUUCAUGAAUAUCAUGUUCACCACGACAAUCGCUGGACUGACGGAUGUUUUGACCUCUAAAUGGGUAUCGGCCAAAGAUCCGGACAUUGAGAAGAAGCGGAUCGAAUUGCUACAGGAAGAAGGUCGUCUGGUCAAGGAGAAACGAAGUCUGCAGGAUAAAUUGCUUCAGGAGUUGUCUUCCUCGCAGGGGGAUGUUUUGAAGAAUGAACCACUUCUCAACACCCUUAACAGUAUAAAGAUGAGCGCGAGUUCGAUUGAGCAAUCACUGUCUGAAUUUUCCGAAAUACGAAGUCAGCUGAUGGAACACUACAAUCGACGGCGAGAGUUUUGUGUCUUGGCCGCUACAUUCUAUAUGGGCAUAAGAAAGUUCUAUAGUCUCGCUGUCUCAAAAUUCACCACCAUAUUCUUGGGAGUGAUCGAUAACGAGAAACAUGCCAGUGUUGAAGAGCUCUAUAAAAUCUUGGUUAGGCGAAUAUUUUCAGUCCUGAGUCACGGCAUCCCAAAAGAUGACAAAAUGACCCUCGGAUUGAAUGUCUGCAAACAAGCCUUUCCGGAAUUGCUUCCCGAGAAAGAAUGGGAGUCAUUCGUUCUUAAUUUCACCCAUGCCGAACAAGCUGCAGAUCAACAAAUUCCCCAUUGGAUCAAGUCCGAAUGUGUUCCGAAAGUAUUGGCUCUGAAGCAACAGCACUCCGAAUUGUACUCGAAGCUCAGUCUAGACAACGCCGCCGCAUGGCAAAAGUACAUUGACUCCGAUGGAGCUGCUAUACCGGCAGCGGUGACUGAUUUUCAGGCGAUCCUGGUAGCCCAAGUUCUCCGACCGGAUCUACUGAUCCGCACCAUAACCCGAUCAGUGCAAAAUAUGUUGGGACUUAAAACCCUCUACACUACCCGACCGUCAAUAAAGCUUCUAUCCGAGGAGAGCUCCGCAAACGAACCCCUUCUCCUGAUAACAUCCUCUGGCGUCGACCCGUCGGAAGAGAUUCGAGAACACGUCAAACAAACCAUCGGACUGGCAAAAUACACCGAAAUUGCGAUCAGCAAAGGUCACGAAGCAGAAGCGCUGAAACUAAUCAAAGAAUCCGCUGCCACGGGGGGUUGGGUUUGUAUCAAGAAUAUCCACUCCGUGCCCCAAUGGUUGCGCCAUUUGGACGAAGCAUUAAAGCUGCUAUCGCCAGCUGAGGGAUUCAAAUUGUGGUUGACGUCGGAGACGGACAAGAAUUUGUAUGAGGUAUUUGUCAAAAAAUGUAACAAAAUUCUGUUUGAGCCGCCCACUGGACUCAAGUGUAAGAUGAAGCUACUGCUAGAACAGCAUGGUGGUGCAAUAACGAAGAAGCGUGACCACAAAAUGAUCAAGAUGUACGUGGGACUGUUUCUGCUACACUCGAUUGUUCAGGAACGUCGAUCAUUCAUUCCACAGGGUUGGAGCAAGUGGUACGAUUUUUCCGAGUCGGAUCUUCAAACGGCUAUGCAGCUGAUCAAAUAUUCCGAGAGCUCUAAGACAUUGAAGAUUCACUGGCCUCUGGUGCAAGGCCUCUGCGAGAAAGUAGGCUAUGGUGGGCGGAUCGAUAAUGAUAAUGAUUUUGCAAAACUGGAGUAUUUGCUGCGAGAGUUCUUCGAUGAGAAGAUCAUGACAGCCCGAUGGCAGCCCAUGUUCACGAGCGUUAGUUUCCCGAAUUCGAAUCAUCUGGAGGACUACAUCCAAGUAGUUGAGCAGCUCCCGGAUACCGACAGUCCGAGUUUGUACGGCAUCCCAGCGUCCACCAACGCCUCCCGGGAUGUCAUAUUCUGUAGAAACACGUUGAAGGAGCUACGGCAGAAAUAUUUCAGCGGCGGUAGCGCCCAGAAUCUCGACAAACGGAUUAAGCCUCUCAUCAACUUGUGGAAUAAACUGAUGAGCGGCACAAUCGCCCACCGUUUGGAGAGCCUCAUCGAGCGUAACAAGAACAAGCAGGAUCCAUGGAUGAUUUUUGUCCUGUUGGAAUUAACAAUCGCCAGCAAUUUGUACAGCUUGAUUGACAGCUGCAUGCAGAUGUUCAAAAACUCGCUGAAAGAAAUCGCCACCUUCGCAGGGAAGGACAGAACGCUACUGACCACUCUCUGUGACAAUCAGGUUCCUCUGCAGUGGCGCCGUAUUUGGAGUGGGCCCAAAACCGUUAUCGAAUACCUCAAGGCAAUUGGAUUUAAAACCAAAGAAACGGAGUUACUCUACAACAGACUGAUCGAAGAGAAACCAAUCGUGGAGAUAAACUUCAACAAUCUGUUCAAUGUGGAGGCCUUCUUGGCAACGGUGAAAAUGAUAAAAUCCCGUGAGUUAGGCGUUUCCACCACCGAGUUGAAGCUUCGUGCGUAUUUUGACGAUCGUGGAAGAGAGAAUGCAUUUGCCAUCGCUCCGUUGCUGAUUGACGGAGGUUUCCUGAACAACGGUAAGUUGAGUAUCCAGCAUGGCACCCAACAACAGACUGGUUCAACGUACACCGGAUCAUUCUACUUAGACUACAUUGUGGAACCAUCAUCAGGAUCAGAGCUCGUUUCAAAUAGUAAAUCAUCAGAGGGUCUAUUUGAAAUUCCCCUCUACAGCAAUAUCUCCCGAGACAAUCUUAUUUGUCAAAUCGGCAUAGAUAUUGGACCGGGACUGAGCAAGCAACAGCUCGUUGCUGCCGGAAUCGCAUUGAUUGUUCCGGAGAACUACUAAAAUGUUGUCAUCAACAAAUUUAUAAAAGAAAAUAAGAUUAAGCUUAAAAUACUCUUACUGAACUUUA